UUGUAAACAGGAAAUGUAUUUCUCGCCGGUUGUGGUAUUGAUGCAGUAAAUCGCUUGGAAGCGAGUGGUGUACCAUUCACUCUAUAUUUUGUUGUAUUUUAUACUAGUCACAAAAUAUGCGUUUACAGGACCGAAUUAGCUUAGCUAUGCAACAUGGCUGACUUGAGACCUUGUAUUAGAUGUGGUGUGUUCUAGCGGUAUGAUUCAUUUGUACCAUUACUCGGAAGUCUACUGGACAAUUUUAAAAUGCUUAACGUCGCUACUAACGCAAAACAGGACCAUAUGAAAGCAUGAAACGAUACUAUUUGUAGCCAUAUUAAUUUACAACAGUCGUGUAUUGUGUCCCUCUCAUGAGCGCUCGCCAGUGGAGCAAAGAGGUUACAGAGACAUUAUAACGACUUUGGUGGUUACCAAUGGAGACAGGAGACGCCUAAUCAGAUUUAGCUAGCAUUAGCUAGCUAGCUACUCUCACACUUAACGUUACCAGCAGAUUCAACAUGGCUACAAAACCGAAGGGCAAACCAGCCAAAAGUUCAUUCAGAGAUGACGACAUUCUUGACAGUUUAUUGGAUGAUAAUAAACAUCCGGUAAGGGGGAGAGCAAGUCGUGGUGGACCCUUGACUCGCUCCUCUGCCACUGAUAACAUCUUCAGCAUGCUAGCGGAGGAGGUAAAGAAGGAUGAUGGGGACACUGAGGACUCGGAUGUCUCAGCAGCAGAUCCUAAAGACAUGCUGAAAAACAUGAAGGACAUGGAUGAUAUGGAUGCUGACCUUUUUGUAUCAAAGAAAAAGCCUAGUUCAGCCCCUGCACAGACAAAGCCGUCUGGUAAUGAAGGGCCAAAGAAAGACUCUACUGCAUCAGAAAACAAUGUAAAACCAGAGGGAGCAGAUGAACCCACAACAGGAGGGAGGAAGCCAAACUCUGCGCCGUCUACGUCUACAGUGCGGAACUACAAGAAGUUCACCUUCUCUGAUCUAGAUGACCCCGUGGGUGACCUACUUGAUGACUUGCUCCCAGAUGAAACCAAGCCUGAAUCGAAAUCUAGCGUGCAGCAGACCAAACCCAAACAAUCUGUGCAAUCUCCUUCAGCAUCUCCAAUCUUAAAGAGUAAAACAUCUAAAGCAGCAAAGACAGCAGGUGAUCUUUCGUUUGAUGAUGGUAAGGAUGACCUGAUGGAUGCACUCGGAUUUGACAGUGAUAAAAACGAUCCCAAGAAAAAAGAGACUCCGCUUUGGUCCAACAGGGAAAGGAGCGAGCCCCCUCAAAGAGCUCGCACUAGACUGGACGAGAUUCUGGAGAGUUUGACUUCGCCUCGUCUUCUGGAGCGACCACCCACGGGUGAGAGGAAGGACCAGCCUCAGUCUCAAGAGAAGCAGCAGCAGCAGCAGGAGAAGACCACCAGUGUGAAAGAACCGCCUUUAGAAGAUGAUCUCACAUUUGGGUCCUAUCAGCCCACUUUGGGAUCCACGCCUGAAGGACGCCAGUCCCGCAGACAGUCUGUCAGAUUUUCCACAGAGGAUGUCAGUACCUCUACCCCGGAAAAGAAACCAAAACCCACCACCCCCACCCCCACUCGACACCGCAAUUCAGCCGACUGGUUAGGUCUCAAGACAAAUGACGAUAGUACAUUUCUAGAGGAUGAGACCAAAGAGACCAAGACUUCCACAGAGUCUCCAAAGUUUCCCUCCUCUCCCUCAUUGGAGAGAAAGCCCUCCCUGACUGCUAUUCAUACCACAUCUUCUGCAAAAAUGGCACCAGAACUGGAGACCCCAGCCCCAACUGUUAAUACGGCCAAACAAACCGAGCCAGAGGUUUCCAAAAUCCAGAGGAAAGAGGAGGAGGAAGAUGACUGGUUAGCUGGAGCGCUGAGCAGGAAGAAGGCUCUGUCAGCUUCAAACUCUGAGGCAAAGACAUCCAAGCAGGAGGAUUCGUUAGGCCUGGGAGAAGAAGUGGAUCUGGAGUCGUUUGUCAGCAAACAAGCCACUUCAGAGGCUCCCAGGGGCAGAGAGGACACUCUUACAUCUGUCAAAGAAACUAGUAACACUUUCCUUGGACAGCCCGGCCCCGCUGCUCACUCCACCCCUGUCAGAGAAGAGAGGCCCAAGCAAGAUUACCCUUCUCAGCUUACUGGUCCUGCGCCAGUCUCUGCUCCUAGCAUUAACCAGCCCCAGCCCCAGUCCAGUAAGGGAUCCAGGGUGCUAAGAGGGCACAAUCAGGCUUCGGAUGAAACCCCUCAACAGAUGCCAUUUCCCAACCUUUUGUCAACUACACUGCCCAGCACAGUGGGGUCAGUUCCACAGCAAAACACAUCAACUGCGGUCCAACAGCAGGUGAUGUUUUCAGCAGACAGUCUGCAGCAGCUGCUACUACAACAGCAGAUGAUGCAGUCUCAGUUGCUGGGUCUCGGGGGUGUUAUGGAUGCAGGGGUCCUGCAGAGGCUCAAAGACAAAGAUCAUCAACCUGGAGAUUAUCAAGCUUUACAGGCUCGCAUCAUCCAGCUGGAGGGACAGGUGAAGACCCUGCAGCUGGAACGGGACCAGAGCCAAAUGUUGUUUGAUAGUGUCCAGCAGCGGCAUAAACAGGAUAUGGAGCUCAUGGAGAACACACACAAGGCUCGAGUGAAGCUGCUUGAGGAAUCAGCAGCCCAGAGGGAGAUACGAGCGCGGCAGGAGUGUGAAGACCUAAUGGAACGCCUGGCCACAGUAACACGAUCUGCUGAGAAGGAAUGCUCAGAGCUGCAGGCUCAGUACCAGCGCAAACUGGCCCAGGCCCAGCAGGACAGAGACCGUGAGGUGGAGAGACUCAGAGACCUCCAGAGGAAAUCUAUUUUAGAAAUGAAGAAAGACCACGAGAACCAGGUCCAGAGACUGAAGAGGUUAAAGGAUGAGGAGAUUGAUGCUGUUACAAGUGCAACAUCUCAGACGAGGUCUCUUACGGUUGUGAUCGAGCAGAUGGAGCAGUUCUCCUCUCGGCUGGGGGAGCUUUCUUCUCGGGUGGAGAGCACACAUGAACACACGGCCCAUGGCCUGGAGCAGGGGGCACGGCACAGAGACGAGCAGCUUCGAAUAAUGCAGGACCGUCUGGCGCAGCAGCAGAAAGCCAUGGCGGAGGAGAGAGCUUACCUCAAGGAAAUAAUUUCCAGGAUGGACACUCAGCUCAAUGAGCAGCAGAGACAGCUUGAGAAGGAGCGCUGGAAAAUGACAGCAGAGCAGGCCAAGGCAGAGUCUUCCCAAAGAGGCCUGGAAGAAGAGCGGCGCUCCCUCAGCAUGCAGAUCAACAUGGAGAGAGAGGAGCUGGAAAGAGCCAAGAGCGCGUUACUGGAGGAGCAGAAGUCAGUGAUGCAGCACUGUGCGGAGGAGAGGAGGAAGCUGGCAGCUGAGUGGGCCCACUUCCACACCCAGGAGAAGCAGAGGCAUGAGAGGGCUGAGCGAGAGGUCAGCAGCCUCUUGGAGAAGAGGGAGGGCUCCAUCAUCAGUCUGGCACAGGAACAGGCUGACCUAAAACUUCGAACAGCAGAGGUAAAACAGAGGGAGUUGACGGUGGCACAGGAGCGAGAGACUUUGGAGAGACUAAGAGAAGAGCUAGACAGAGAGAAAGAAAGAAUAAGCAGCACGGCCCUGAGACUCAAAACACGAGCCCAGGAGGUGGAGGCCUUCAGCAAGCUCGCUGCAGAGAAGUAUGAGGAAGGAGAGCAAGGGUUGCGGGAGGCAAAACGUGUGGAGACUGAGCAUGAGGCAAGGCUCAGAAAUAUCCAUAUCCAAACAGAGCGGCUGAGGCAGCAAGAACAGCGAAUCCUUCAGGAGCGAAGGCAGUUAAGUCAUCUGCAGAAGGAGGCAGAAAGGCUGAGGCAGGACCCUCACAUCACCUCUUUUCCACAAGUUAUUCCACCUAUUUUACCAGACUCCGGUGCAGUGUUGCCAAACCCUGAGCUGACAUCGACCCUGAACAUCCCUCCUCCUACUUCAUUUGACAACACUCAGUCCAUGGCGCUUCAGGCCAGUCUGGCUCUGUGGAAGUACACUGCAGAAAAGGACCGUGAAUACCUCCAAGAAGAGCAGAUCUUUCUAGAAAAUUUAAAGAAGAAAUCCUACAGAUCGGCUUUCAGCACAGAUUGACCAAUGUGUGCCAGUCACUCUCAAUAGGAUACAUGUUGCUUUUAAUAUGCUGAAUACUUGAAUGUGCCAUUAUGCUUCAAUUUUAUACAGCAACUUCUUAGUUUCAUUAAACAUGUUUUAGUUCAA